AUGAUCUUCACCUUAUACAGGAUAAGGGGAAACUGGCACGGAUGCAAUACGUCGUCACACUCGGGGUACAAGCAGACUCCGCCUCCCGGAAACUCAAACGAACGCGACGCACGCAACGACCGAACCCCACAAUCAUCUCAAACAAUCCGGUACCGAAUGGCCCGGAGAGCAGUGGCAAUGCCUCGUGCAAAUCACAAUGAUCGGGAAUCACUCAUGUCCCGGCUGGAGGAGCACGCCGGGGAGUGGAUUGGUGACAUAACGCUCCGCAAGGCCAUGUCGGUCGCGUCUUACUACUUCUCCCUGCCCAACCACCGCGGCGGAGUCGUCGAUCCGUACGCGCGCUAUUAUACCACGGAUGGGGACGAAGUCACCUUCAACGACGUGCCUCUCGCCAAGAUCGCCAAAGACGUCGAGAGCAUGGUCAAGACGAAUGUCCCUAUCGACCGCCGCACCGAAAUCUACCACAAGGUCCUCGCCGGGAUGCCGGGCCACCAGGAAGUCCCCGAAUGGGACACGAAAAGCACUGCCAGCAUCUAUGCGAAGCCCCUGACGCCCUUCUCGAAACCUCGUGAUGCCACAGUUACCAACCAGGACCUCCUCGAUGCCCUCGCCCCCGCCGCAGAGAUCACGCUCGCACACGCGAGGGGUAUCGGCAUCCAAGCCACCUGGUGGGACGCCAUGUCCAAUGGGGCGUUUUCCUGCUCCAUGUCAUUCGGCGAUGGCGUCAAAGGCGGCCGACUCGGUCGUCCCCACACUCUCGAGGACGUCCCCGUCCAUUACUUUCGCGACAGGUUGAUGGACUGGAUCGCUGAGAGCCUCAAAGGGUCCAACGAGAGGAAGCAAGUCGCGCGCAAGGCCAUCUGCCUGGACUUGGCCGACACCGAGAUAGAGGAGUACACGCGUCUUGUAGCUGAGGACCGCGAGAAGCUGAAUGAAGAGGCGGAACGCCCGUCGACCCCGCCUACGCGUGAGGAGUGGGCAAGGCAAAUCCUAGAGGACGGCGGGGUCGUCAAGACGAUCGGUCAGGCGAUGAAGAUCGUCUUGAUGAACGAGGCUGUCGAGGAAGUCGACGGGACUAUCGACUGGGAGACACCGAAGCCGAUGGGAAUCCGGCGAGGCCGGAAGGGGGUCGAAGGAUCGGUGGUUACGCCGCACUGGGCUCCGCUGGUAUACGAAGGCGGGCUCGUUCCGGAUACGCACGUGGACCGGGACUGUGACCAGGUGCGGGCCAUGAUCAAGACGUUCCUUUCGUCCUGGGAGUGGUCGGCCGAGACUUUCCGUUUAGCACUGGGGGCGAGCGUAUCGAGGGAUAAGUUCACUACAUUCCUAAAGAAGCGCGGCGCCGAUGCUGCCCAGUUGCGGUCUGCGGCAUACUUACUAAGCUGGGAGUUCUUCAAUCGGCGCCAAAAGCUAGCUCUGUCCAUCGUCGACGUGGACUUUCGGGAUGACCUGAAGACUCUUGAGAAGAAUUGUCGAAACGAAAGUCUUUCUGAGCCGCAGCGCGCCCUGGGAAAGGCCCAAGAGGAAGAGCUUGAAGCUCUGACAGAGAAACACUACAAGGAGCUGGAUGCUCUGCUAAAGGCUCAGAAGGAGCGGACUGGGGCUUUGGAUAAGACCCACAUAGAUCAAUUGAAGGUUUUGAGAGAGGCUCAGCCGAGGAGGUCGACCCGAAGAAGCAGAGCCCCUACGCACGGUCUUCGAAACGAGAGUCUGUCGGAGCAGAUGCGCGUCCUGGCAGAGGCCCAGGAGAAAGAGAGCAAGGCUCUGAGCAAGGAGCAUGAGAAGGAGCUAGAGGCUCUGCAGACCACUCAAUACCAGGAGUCGAAAACUUUGGAGAGGGCCAGCGAGGAGUCGAUGAAAGCUCUAGUCGAAGCCCAUCCGGGAAGUUCGAACCGAGGAAAGAGAGCGUCGAACGGCCCAGAUGGUAGUCGGACCAAGAGGACGCGCAGUUCGGGUUGA